AUGUUUGGCGGCAGUUCCAACAACUCAGCGGGCAACAAAUCCGAGAGCGAUUCAAAAUCCGACAAAUCCCCUUCUCCCGAGCCCGGUACAGGCCUUAGUGCCCCAUCUCCCAUCAAGACAACUGAUCAGGCUGCGAGCGGUGAAAAACGUAGCGGAAAUGGCAGUCCACCAACUCGCCAGGACGUUGGCGGGCCGAGUGACAAGAAGCGCAGAAGUAGCAGCGUCAGUAGCCGGGCGAGUAGUCUUCUGGCCUCUGCAAAGAACUCGCUCAACUUCUCUUCUCAGAGUAGUCGCGGCGGAGGCUCCGAAGUGAACUCGCAGACAUCUCUUCAGAAACUCGGCAAGCAGGAUCCUGCUCUCGCAGUCCCUCAGGGCCAACAUAACAACUCUGCUGGAGACUCUAUGCCCGGACCCAAAUCUACAUUUCGUGUUGGCGUUUGGGAAGAUAGGAACAAGAAAUGCCGCCGAACUAUGGAAGACACUCAUGCUUUCCUGUACAAUUUUGUGCAGACCCCAGCUCUGAGCGACGCAUCCGCAAAGGAUAAACCGCAAGGAGACGACCUGGUCACUUCUGAUAUGGUUGAGUCGGACAAUGGCUAUUUUGCUAUCUUUGAUGGGCAUGCAGGCACAUUCGCCGCCGAUUGGUGUGGCAAAAAACUACAUAUUAUCCUCGAGGAUAUCAUACGCAAGAACCCUAAUGCUCUGAUCCCUGAAGUUUUAGACCAGGCCUUUACAGCUGCUGACGCGCAGCUUGAAAAACUUCCGCUUAAGAAUAGCGGCUGCACCGCGGCGGUCGCAGUAUUGCGCUGGGAGGACCGGGCCGCAAACGACCGAUCUGCCAUCAAGUCCGCCAAACCAGAAGAGCCCAUCGAAAUGGAUAAGGCCAAUGAUGGAUCAUCCAACGAAGAGGCGACCAAGGCCACAAAUUCAAAGGGCAAAGGUAGCGGACGGCAGCGCGUACUGUACACCGCAAACGUUGGCGACGCUCGCAUCAUUCUCUGCCGAGGUGGAAAGGCUCUACGACUCUCUUACGACCACAAGGGCAGUGACGAGGUCGAAGGCAAACGCAUUGCCGCUGCCGGCGGGCUGAUCCUUAACAAUCGUGUCAAUGGCGUACUGGCCGUGACUCGUGCCCUUGGCGACGCUUACAUGAAGAAGCUCGUUACGGGCCACCCUUAUACCACUGAGACGGUCAUUCAGCCCGACAGUGACGAGUUUAUUAUCAUUGCUUGCGAUGGAAUCUGGGAUGUAUGCAGUGACCAGGAGGCCGUUGACCUUGUUCGCAACGUGGAGGACCCCAUCUCGGCCUCGAAGCAGCUUGUCGACUAUGCGCUGAACCGCUUCAGCACUGAUAACUUGUCUUGUAUGGUCGUUCGGCUUGACCAAAACAAGGAAGCUGCGGUGGAAGUGGAAGGCGCGGCGUCACAGGUCAGUGAGGCGGACAAGAUUGUCAGCGAGACUAAGCAAAAGAUCGCAGAAGGUACAGCGCCCGCCGUCGGCGUAUCAGCAACCAGCAACGCGCCCCAAUCCCAACCUCCUAUAGCUGUUCAGGAGGGCGAUUUUGUGCCGACCUCGCUGGACGACAUAGUAACUGAAGAACCUCCCCAUGUUGCAGAUCCCAAGUCAGACGAGGUGCCUGUACUGAACAGGGCGGCCGUUUUGGAGGCUCGGAAAGACAAGCCAGCAGAAGAUAAGCCGGUUGAAGAGAAAGAGAAACCUCAUGGGCAGGAAUAA